CGCCCGGUCUAAAGGCCCAGUUAAGUCUCAGAUAAUGUAUAAAUAUCUGAAUAAAUAUGUGAAGCACUAGUUGAACAAUUUUAUGUUUUUUAGCACUGGCUUAUACCUCUGUGGUAUGCUUAAAAUGAUAUAUAUCAUAUUGUCUUGUCAAAUAACCUCAGACUUUCUCUCGCUUCCUCUCAGAUGAGCUCUUCAUGAAGAAAAGGACCGAAAAAUUUGUGACCAACUCGGUACCUGAAGACGCACAUUUAUGUUAACCGAAACAUUAAUCUAGGGAUCGUAAUAACAGGUUAGAUGAUGAAUAUAUUGUUGAGGUCAUAUUUACUAUAUGGAGGUUGUGGAAGUGUAGCAACUGGACGCUCCAUCAUGACCAUUACCAAAAGUUCUAAAGGACUCUGGACGGCACACUUGGAUCGCCACCAUGUCCCAUUUAGAGGGUUUUUAAGAGUUGCUGCAACGCCGUCAUCCUAUCACGCCGACUUCAGCUCUCCGCAGAUAUUUAAAAAGUCCAUGAAACCAAGGAGAGUGUGGAUACAAACUAUUAAUAUGUUCAACAGUUUGGAUCACAGGUCUCUGAACAAUCAUAAAGAUGAUUUGAGUUUCAUUCAGCGAGAUGGCAUGGAUUUUGUACAACAUUAUCUGAUGUAUCAAUCUAAAGUCACUCACAACUCAUUUUACCUCAUUUUCUUUAUGAGUUUGUUAUGUGUGAUGGGCAUGAGGGAAUUUGUCCAUGGGAUUAAUUCAAUGGAAGAACUGGAAGACAGGUUCAAGGAGAAAAACACUUUCUCUUUUUGGGCAUCUGUAUUCUUUGCUGUCGCACUUAUUUUCAUAUAUCCUAGAUAUACUAAAAAUAUCAUGAGGAUUUAUUAUGAUAAAAAGGCUCAGAUAUUUAUUCUGAUUGUACCAAAGGGAGCUACAAUGAAGCAAACUCGUAAAAUAAUUUGCAAACCUGAAGAUUUCAUUGCCAAGGAAACAUUUACGUCUCUAACUGUGCUUGUUAAAGGACAGUCUUAUUUUUUGACCCGACAAAAGAAAGCUGAUGAACACAUGAUGAAAAUUCUUUUCAGAACAAUUUCCUGAAUGUUUUGUCUAUGUAUAAUUUCUCUGUUUGGACUUGUUAAGAAAAGAAAUUGGUUUCAAAUGAAACAUGGACUUCAAAUUGAAAUUUGUUUAAAAAUUGUUUUACGGAAGAUGUAGGUAUUAAUUGUGAAAUGCAAACUCUGUCUUACUUAAAUAAUAUAUAGAGCUAAAAGAAAAAAAA